AUGGGUCUCAUCCACAACAAUCUUCCAAUCUUCGACGGCAAAGAGUACGACGACUGGUGCGUAAAUAUGGAAGCUAUCCUAGGAUUUCAGGAAGUAGACGAAGUAGUGAGGUCGGGAAUCCAAGAACCCAUGAAAGAUGAUACAGAGGCAGUAAAGAAGUUGUAUAGGGAGAAUCGUCGUCUGGAUUGCAAGGCAAGGAUGUUGUUGCAUCAGUGCAUCUCCCCAGCAAUCUUCCAAAAGGUUUCGAAAGCCAACACAGCUAAAGAAGUGUGGGAUAUCCUUCAAGAUGGAUAUGGCAACUCCGGCAAGGUAAAGAAGGUGCGUCUACAGUCUCUUAAGCGCCAAUAUGAACUUCUUGGUAUGGGAGAGGGAGAAACGGUGACAGAGUAUAUCGGCAGAAUGCAAAUACUCGUAAACGCCAUGAGAGCUUGUGGAAAGAUAGUCAAAGAUAAGAAAAUAAUACAGAAGAUUCUACGAACCUUAACACCACAGUAUGAUCAUAUAGUUAUCACCAUAGAAGAGUGCAAAGAUCUAGAAGUAUUAAAACUGGAGGAGUUGCAGAAUUCACUUGUGGUGCAUGAGCAGAGAUUACUUGAGAGAAAGAACGUAGAAAAAGAAGCAACACAAGGCGUGAGUCAAGCUUUGCAAGCAAGAAGCAACCAGAAUUUUAAAACCCGUGGUAGAGGACGAGGGAGAUCGCGUGGUGGUCGCAGUGGUGGAAGAAACCCAAAAACAUCAUAG